AUGGAUAAAUUUCACCGCAACAAAACGGCAAUUCGGAUAAAAGUCAUCAGCAUGGGUAAUGCUGAAACAGGAAAGGUAGAGUACAAACAUGAUUUCUUUCGUAAUUUGUCAGUUUUAUGAACCAUUUCAUUUGCCUGCAUAAGUUAACUUUGAUUUUUUAAAUUUUUGAAUACUGCACACCGGUUUUUGCAUUGUUCCCAUUUACUGGGAGCUCUUGUUUCCAAUUUCUCCCCGAAAACAUUUAAAUAUUGGGACUUAAGAUAUAGGGUAUUGUGUUAAGGUCACUUUGAAAAAAUGUGACAACUACAUCAUUGUACAUUUCAAUCGUCCCACACAUGUACUGCAGUUAUCUGCCUCUUGGAAACAAACCGCUGUUUUUGUGAAUAUGUUGUGGUUCAAUUUUAUCCUUGGUUUAAUCUGAAAUUUUUCUUUUGUUUCAAACAAAUUAUCAUAUUAUAUUACCAUUCCUAUAAACAAAAGGAAAUAAAAUUUAAACCAAGAUUAAAAUUUAGCCUGCGUAGCAGUUGUCAAAAGGGGUAGGGGAUAGGGAGGAAGAGAAAAAGGAAGGGGGACUGGGGAGAGAGGGUAAAGGACGCCUGCUAUAAGAACCCCCUUUUGUUCAAAUUCCUGAUUGGCUAAGCUCUGAUGAGUAACUUAUUGGCGUGUAUCCUGGCGUGCAUUAGUGAGAGACAAACAUGGUGAAGGCAUCAAGGAAAUGUGUUCUACUGGCAUCACUUUUGGAAGAUCAAAAUUACUCCAAUCAUGUAGCAACUUAACGUUAAAACUCGAACUGGGACCAACUGUAAUAGCUUAUUUUAGCAGGCAGAGAUGCUCAGGAGGUUUUGUAUACUGGAUUUGUCCAAACACUGAGCAGUGAUUCAAAGCGAUUGCAAUUCUUGCCUGACAUCUGCAAUGCCGAUAUUCACAAGACCGCCUUUUCCACAAAAACAUAAACCGUCUUGAAUGAACUUCUAAAUGGUUUGUAAAGAGAGGGCUGAAGCUUUGUUAAAAAACCAUCCAUUGAGCUUUUUUGACAAUUGUUUAUAAUUCUCGUUUCAUUAUUCGCAUCUCACGCUACCAGUGACUGUUCUGUUCUUUGUGACCAUUAUGUUUGAUGAGGUAAGACCAAAGGUCUUGUGUAUUCACACGAAACUGAUCAUUGUUUGUCGUAGAGUUCAAGCAGUAAAGAAAGAGAGAGACUGCUCUUAGUCUAUAAUGUUUAUCGUGUUUGCUUCGAGAGCAAGAACAGUAGAACUAACAGUAAAGAUGUCUUAUUUCGCUCGAUUGUGAUAUCACUUGAAAAAAGCAUCUCGACUUGACAAUUUCCGGUAAACAAAGUAAUUAAGUUCGUACCAUGCUGAGAAGUGCCCUACUCAUGAUUGGUCACGUAUUGACAGUUGACUUUAUCGGAUUAGUUUAGAAAAUGGUGGGUGGAAUACAAAAACACCGGCUCUUAUAGCAGGCGCUCCCUUCCCUUUUCUUCUCUUUUGCUCUUUUCUCCCUCUCCCCUUCCUCUCCCCUUUUUGUGUCUGCCAUGCAGGCCAGUUAAAAUUGAACCACAAGAAAUACAUCUCAGGUAACUGUUUGUUACAUUUCUGCUCAUUUUGUUCUUUGAUUGAUUUGUUUUAAUAGUAGUUUUGUUUUCCUUUAAAUUUUACUUCAAACAUCAAGUCGUUUGGUGCGAGACUGCACAGUUCAAUGUGGAGAAUGAACACAGGACCAAGUGGGCAAUCCAGGGGAGACAAGAAAGGCCCAUCUGUCCCACACAGGUGUUCAAUCAGAACACAGGGUUUAUUUCAUCUUGCUUGCUCUCUGAGCCAACCGAGUGUGACAGUCCAAUUUUUUUCACUGACAGGUCAAUGUUUUAUUUAGUCUACGUUUGUCUAAUUCUGUUUUUACAGAGUUGCAUCAUUAAGCGAUAUUGUGAAAAGCGAUUUGUGAGCAAGUAUAUGACAACUAUAGGGAUUGACUAUGGAGUUACAAAGUAAGUUAAAAACAUUAUAUAGCUGGAGUGCAACAUAAUAUUACUUUUGAGUUUUGUUUGUGUACAUGAACUAAGCUGAACAACACUUCAAUUCAGCAUUCAUAUUACUGAUGUACUUUUCAUCUAAUGGUCAUUUCAUAAAGUGGUAUGCAUUUGCCAGAAAUAAAAUGACAUACUGUCUAAAACACAUUUAAUUCACGCAAAACAACCUUUUUCUCAGUAAUGUUCCGCGAUUUUUUUUUUAAAAAAAGUAAAGCGUUCUUAUCCAGAAGUUUGUCAAAAGGAAAAACUCUAGUGAAUCUGUAAAUUUUCUUUCCUGAACUAUAGUUUCAAGGUUUUAUUUUCAAAGUGAUGCCCCUUCAAAAGUACUAGCAAAAGAAAUAAAAAAUGUAGCUGCCACAUUAACUGUUUGUCCAUUGUAUUUAUAGGCUAAUUUAAAAUUAGGCACACAUGCAUAAUGUACAGAUUGCACAUGUGCAUCUAAAAAUACUCAUAAGUAAUUACAUUAUACUUAAAUCUUGUUGAUUCCAUUCAAGAGUUGUGUUACAGCAUUACAUGCCCAAAUUGGUGAAGUUUACUAAAGCUGUGUGUGGACAAGAUGGGGGGAGGGGGGGGGGGUGAAUUUGCUUAUUUUAUUUGUAAUACCACCUCAAAUUUUCUACGUCUGGAAUCAGUUACCCUUUUUUUAGUAUAUAAAUAGUUCCUGAACACAACGACUUUAAAGUAUUUAAAUAAAAUUGUUCCCUUUAGGGUUUCAGUAAAUGGCAAAGAAGUUAAAGUAAAUAUAUUUGACAUGGCUGGUCAUCCAGUAUUUUAUGAGGUACAGUACUAAUGCUCUAUUUUAAGAAAAUGUUCUGAAAAAUAAAGGUUCUUUUUUCUGUCCAUCCCUGUUUUAAAUACACAUAAUAACUUAAGUUUAUUUCGAAAAUGGCUGCAAAAGUGGCCUCUAGAGGUGCAUGAAUCCUGAGUUAUUGGGUAGCCACUAUUCUAAUUGACUUCCUGGGAGGAUCAUGUUCACUUUCAUAUCUUUAUCCUCAGUUCAAAAUAUAAUUCAUUUCAUAUAAAUUAUGAAUUAAAAUAGUUGAGGAAGUGAGGUAACUACCAAAGAGAGGAGCUGACAUUUUACGUGCAACAUUAUUUAAUGUUUUCUUAUUUAUAACUAAGGUACGCAAUGAAUUCUACAAGGACACUCAAGGAGCCAUGUUGGUUUAUGAUGUUGGAAACCGUGAAAGCUUUGAAGCACUGGACAGCUGGCUGGAAGAAAUCAAGAAAGAUAUCGGUAGUGCAGCUGACCUAGAAGGGGUAGUUUUUGCUGUCUGUGCCAACAAGGUACGAAGCAGGAGAGAAACAAUUUAAUACUGUCACUUGUAACAAUUGCAAAGAAAUUAAUUAGUCUUAGAGUCGAGCUUGCAAUAAGUUAAAGACUUGAAACUUAUCAAGGGAUAACUUCAAAAAACACAUAACCUUGAUGGGUGGACACCUGAGCCUACGAUAUGGUCAUGCAAUACUGAUCAGCGGAUACCUUGUUUUGACAUCUGUCAAUUAGUUCAGGUUUCUGGAUCCCACACUAGCUAGAAAGUGUUGGAUUUUACGUCGGUUUCCCUGAGGUGCGGGUGGAUGGUAGGACUGACGUAUGGUCAUGUGACUACCAAAAUUUCUUGGAUAGAUACUUUUUUAGAUAACCAAAUUUUCCUAGCUAUGGGGCUCCGCUUGUGGAGCUUCGCUGUUACAGUAACUUUUUAAACCGCAAGGGCUUACAGUCAACUGAGUGGCACUAAGGUUUCACCUUUCGCAUCCAGAAUCAAGAGUGGUUAAGGAAAGAUUUGAUUUUUGCAGUUUGGGUUGGCAUGCAUAACCAUCAAACCAUGUUGAUUUGGAGACUGAACAUGUAAAUUGCUCUAUCAAUAAAGUGGACUUACUUUCACUGGUUCUCUAGCGUGCUUCUAUGAUGUUUGGUGCACAGAUUAGAUAUGAACAAAUAGCAAAAGACAGAAACAAAGGCAAUAUGCCACUUUAGGAACAAGAACAGGAACAAGCAGCAGGAUAAGCUCAGUUGGUAGAGCGCUUGACUGUAGAGCAGUAGGUCGCGGGUUUGAUUCCCAGGCCCGGACCAAUACUCUGGGUCUUAAAGUAACUGAGCAAUGGAGGUAUGGCCUUUGUGCUGCAAGCAGCUGGACCUUUGCGUGGCUCAGAUAACCACGUAAAGUAGCGGUCCCGUCUCCAGUAGGAGACGUAAAAAUGGUGUGCCCAGUUAGUACUUCUAUGCUAAAUACAUUGACACUCAAAUAAAGUGCAUUUUUUUUAACCUCAGAAGGGAACUGGAGCCAUAAUAUGCAUGUCUUCUAAUUGUUUUUGGGAUUGUGACUGGGAAGGUGUACCGGUCAGCUAUUGACUAUUGGUAAAAUCCAACUAGUGGUCUAUUAUCAAUGCUGUGUUCUGAUUGGUUGAGCUACUACUAGGCUAUGUGUUAUAGCCCACUAGUAGCGAAAAGUGUGGGCUUUUUGGCGGCAAAAAAGGAUUAAAGUCUAGCUUUAACUAGCUAAAAGUUUUUUAUUCUUGACAUUUUUGACCAACUAGUUGGAUUUUACUAAAACAAUUAUUAUUCCUCUCGCCCUCAUGGCCUCUGAGUCAAUAGCCUUCGGCCUCAUGGGCUAUUGGCUCAGAGCCCAUUCAGGCUCAAGGAAUGAAUUGUUAAAUAUUUCUUCCCUGUCCCUAGUGUUAAACAGUCCGAGAAAUCUUUGCUAAAGUUUACUCGACACAGUUUCCUCUCGUUCCAAACUGGCAAUUUCAAAUUGCAUGUAAUUAGACUUCAAGUAGUCCCCAUUUUCCCUCAGAGAUAGUAGAGUGAAUGAAAUGCAAGAGCAUGUGAAAAUUACCCUGCGUGAGAAGGGCGAGACGCGGUGGGGAGAGAGAGUUAUACACUGUUAAAGCAAAGCAUUAGGUCCAAAGCUUGGGCUUUGUCUGUAGUCCUUCAUUUUUCUCUCUCCCAGCUGCAUCUGGCCUUUCUUGGUUGGGGUGGCGUUUUGCUCACUCUACUAUCCCUGAGGGAAAAUGGGGACUGCUGUGAUCAUGAAUGUAACAAACUGAAAUGGCUGAAUUGUUGGUAGGUUACUUAGCAUUAUGAUGGCAAUUUAAUUUCUUGUUUUCUGUCUGUCUUGUCUUUCUUCUUUGAAACUCUUCCUUGUUAUCUGAGCUGUUCACAAUCUAACGCACACUUUGUACUGCAACCUGUAGGUGGACAGCCGCAAAAGAGUAGUGGAGGAGGCGGAGGGGCAGCUUUGGGCAAACAGCCAUGGAUUUUAUUAUUUUGAGACAUCUGCCCAGACAGGGGAGGGAAUUAAUGAUAUGUUUCAAGUAAGUUCUGAGUAAAUACAGCUUUUAUAUUUAUUUAAUUAUUGUUUGUAAAGUCUACCAGAUUUGUAUCACGUUUCCAAAAUAACAAAAUAACUGUCUGAAGCAUGUGAUAAUUUUUCUGUCUCUUUUGCAACUCAUCCAAAAUUCUCUUGCUUCUACUUGUAUUCAUCCCAUCCCCUUACCACCUACUAUCCCAGCCAGUUGUACUUUCUAGACCAACUGUGAUAUAAAUAGCAUCUCACCUGUGGCUGACUGAUAGGUCAACAGAGUUCAAGAAUUAAAAUCUGUAAUCAAUAAUAAUCAAUAAUCUUUAUUAUGCUUAUGUCAAUGUACAUGGUUAAUAUAAUUUUACACUCGAGGAUCUGAGUAAAAAAAAAAAUUAAUAUGCAGUUUCAAAAAUGUCCCGAUCAUUCGUGUUAACGGGGACUUAGUUGGUCUGUGUUUUGAAUAAAGGAAAAGAAACUUGUUUAAAAUCCAGGGAAUGUUAAAUAAUAAUAAUAAUAAUAAUAAUAAUAAUAAUAAUAAUAAUAAUAAUAAUAGUAAUAAUAAUAAUAAUAAAACAAAACAAAACAAAAGAAAAUCUGUGGCUAUUGUACAAUUAUACAUCUCUUUUGCUUCUGUUCCAUAGACCUUGUUCAAAGCAGUGCUGACAGCAAUAGAGAAUGGAGGUAAACCAGUACAGCUAAAUGCUUCAACUAAUGUGGGUUAUACUAAGGAACAAGCUGAGGCCAUUCAGAGACUGAAAACAGCUAAAGAUAAUUAUGAGAGACUGGGGCUACCGACUGGGGCGAGCAGGUAAGGAAAAACUACUAAUAUUACAUGUAUUUCAGGCAAGUACCUCCACGAUUAGCUAAAACAGUAGACUUCAAAAGCCUGGAAUAUCCUUAACAUCAAACCCUUAAACAAUAUUUUAAAGAUAUUUAUGAGCAAAUUUCAUGAUUAGUUUGUGUUCACCCGGAUUAUUCAUCGGUUAUUAGUCCAGAAGAUUCAUAAGAACAUCAACAAUUUAUGUAAUCUCAUCUCGCUUGUGUACAAAAUUGUGCUGAACUGACACAAAAUACAAAAACCUCGUGCUCUUGGGCGAAAAUGCGCAUGCACAAAAAGUGCCACAGGACCAUUAAGGUUCUUCGCAACAGUUUGCAUUGAUACGAUACAGUCGAACCUCCUUGGCUACCUCCUCUCGUAAGAGAUCUCCUAUACAAAACUCAGCUCACGUAUCCUUGUUCUGGGUCUCCAACGGAUUCAACGAGUUACUGGAAUUCGUUGGGUAUUUCCCUUGAACUGAACCUGAUUGGCAAAUUGACCAUACCUUUUUUAACAGGCAAGAUGACCAUGGCGGGUACCCAAAUCCUGGUACACAACCAACACCACCACCUUCCAGGGUGAUGGUGUAAUAAUUUUCUAUUCUUCUUAACCUCUUGUUAGGGACCACUUUACCAUGGUCUGAUCUCUAUGUUCCCAUCACUCUCCGCUGCAGAAGCCCCCGCAGGGUAUCCCAGUAAAAAUAGUAAUAAUCGAAAAAUAGGCAAUCGUGCGGGGGACGAUGGGAACAAGAAAGGCUAUUAAAGACAGCCACAAAUAAACAGUGCGGUCACAUUUUAGAGCACUGAGCGCGAGUUUACAUUUGCCUUUUCAGGGAGGACAUUAACCGUGCUUAUCGCAGGUUAGCUGUGUUGAUACACCCUGAUAAAAGUCUGGCACCCGGCACAGAAGAAGCGUUCAAAGCACUGGUGAAUGCUCGCGCAGCCCUUUUACAGACUCACAGAUAA